UGCAGAUGAGUCUACAGGAUCAGUUGCGAGAAUUCCUCGCUCGUAUGCCCCGAAAACACCACCUCCUAGCUUUUAUGCAUCCAAAGAAGCAGCCGAGAAAAAGAAAGCGGUAAUGGAAGAGAACCAAAAAAACGUUAGAGCUACUUCGGCCCCACGGCCGCGCCCCCGUGCUGUUUUAUCAAGUCCAGACAACGACGGCAUAAUCGGGAGCAAAAAACAGGCAAGAACAGAGCUAUUAUCUCCAGGUCUGAAAAAUCAAACCUCAAAUCACAACAGACACAAGCUGUGUAAGAUUUUCCCAAAAUCUGUAUCUGCCGAGAGUUUUGCACCCUCACAAGAAUGCAAUAAAAAAUCGGCCGAGCACAAAAACGAGAGUCGAGCAAAAGGCAGAACAACAUUAGCUGAUUCGAGCAUUCGAGCAAAAGGGAGAAAAUUAAUUCCAUCGCCUGUACAUGAUAAAGCUUUUCGAUAAAACUGACUUAGCGAAACUAACGUGUAUGUAUACAUGACGUAUCCGUUUUUGAUACGCGAAUGAGUAACAAUUAUUGUAUUAACAAGAUAUCGAGAGAGAGAGAGAGAGAGAGAGAUACGAAUCGAAAAGGGUUUGAUUUUGAAAGAGAGAACUGCAGAGUUCAUAUAUUAAGUUGACGGUUUUUGUUCGUAUGAGCUUGUCAUGUUGUUGCUACAUUCGAUGUAUGUGCGUAAAAUAAAAUAGGCUUGAAUCCAGCGAAUAAUAUAGGGCAAAUUACUGAGCGAUGUAAGGUCAAAUUACGAAAAAGAACUCUUUUGUUUGCAUGGUUA